UCUUCGUAAUCACGCGAGUCUGCACUCGCAGACGUUCCUGUGCGCCCAGUGUGGCAAAAAGUUCUCAAGAAGUUACACGCUGAAGCAACAUGAACGUACACAACACCGGUGAACGGCCCUACCAGUGCAAGUUGUGCCCGAAAGCUUUCGCGACAAGCCAGAAUCUCAAGGUGCACAAGGCUGUUCACAUGCGUGUUAAACCGUACGAAUGCGAUUUGUGCGGACAAACUUUUAAGUACCAUUCCAGCAUGAAAAACCACAGUCGCAAAUGGUGUUUAUCCCAACGUCAGUGUUCAUCCGUCGUCACCACUGUUCCUGCUCCAGUCAACUUGGAUUGAUUCGAAAGCCGAAUUAGUAGGGUACGAUAUACUUAUGAAUUCGUUGGAAUGGCGAGGUGGAGAAAUAAUGGUUGGAAUUGCUAAAAUAAUUAUUUAUACAGACACUAUAGCCAGUGUUAACAAAAAUAUGUAAACAUCUUAAAAAUAUUAUAAGUAAAACGAAGCUAAUAUAAUUUUGUUUUUAUCCUUACAUACUUAAGCAAUAGUUGCUUAAUCUUUGGAAAGAUUGUAAAAUUGUCCAAUACCAAUAAUACGAGACGUAUCGGCCAAA